GAUAAAAAUGUUCUAACCUAAAAUAUCCAUCGCGAAGUACACAAAGCCCAAAUGAAGACGAUAACAGAGUGAUGAAGUCAAAAGAUACAACAGGCGAUUGAAGAGAAGUGUUGGGAGAGUGAAAACGUUAUCACUCUCCACGUACAGCAGUUUUAUUGGUCGCCUUGGGGGGGAUUGACGGUCUGGGUUCAGUGCUCCAUUCAAAAGUUGAUAAAUACUCAGUGGAAAACACUGGAGUCAAUGUUUUGGGCUCAAUUGUCGUGUGAAGUUGAGGGGAAUUGAGGAUUUUUCAGGCAGAAUGAGGAAGUUUAAGAGGGCGCAGGCCCAGAAUCAGGCGUCCAUCGAGAGACACCUGAAUGGCAAUGUCCUGGAGUCCUCCAGUGAUGAGGAGAACGAGAGCUCUCAUCAGUCACUCCAGCAGGCAGUGUCCAAAACACUGUCUUCGUAUGAGUUUGAAGGGGGAGAUACCGAGAAAACUCUAUCGUAUCUGACGGAUUUGUUCCAGUCCGGAGGGGCUGUUUGCCUCAUUUGCAUAUCUUCGGUGAAGAAGAGUGAUCCAAUAUGGAGUUGCUCGACGUGCUACUCCUUUCUCCACCUGACGUGCAUCCAGCACUGGAUCCGGGACUCCCUGGCGUCCAAGCUCUCGAAAGGCAUAACCCCCGUGUGGGCAUGUCCCAAAUGUCGCACAGAGUACCCCGAGUCCUCGACCCCCACCUCCUACCUCUGCUUCUGCCUAAAAACCAAAGACCCCGUCCCCCAGCCCUGGAUAAUCCCCCACUCCUGCGAGGAAAAAUGUUCGAAGCCCCUGUCCCCCGCCUGCGGCCACACCUGCAUGCUCCUCUGCCACCCCGGGCCGUGCCCCCCAUGUCCAAAAAUGGUGACAACGACAUGUCACUGUGGCAAACAGCCCCCCCAGGCCCGCCGCUGCAGCACAAAGUCCUGGAGCUGCAGGACCCCCUGCAACAAAGCCCUCCCCUGCCGCCACCCCUGCAGGAUCGAGUGUCACACGGGCGCCUGCCCCCCCUGCCCUGAGAUCGUGCCCUCCCCCUGCCACUGUGGCGCCUCCACGAAGCCCCUGGAGUGCUCGGAGACCACCUGGAGCUGCACCAGAAAAUGCACAACCCAAUUAAAUUGCAAGAUCCACACCUGCGAGGGCUUUUGCCACGUCCCAGGUGACUGCGGCGACUGUCCCGUCGCCAAAAACAGGACCUGCCCCUGCGGAAAAAAACGCUACAACGUCUCCUGCAAGCAGAAGACCCUCCCCACGUGCGGCGACACCUGCGGAAAGCUCUUGGACUGUGGCACCCACCUCUGCAACAUGAGGUGUCACCUGGGCGACUGCGGCCAGUGCCUCGAGGUGGUCAGCAAAACCUGCAAAUGCAGCUCCUACACCAAGGAGAUAUCCUGCACGAAGGAGUUCCACUGCAACAAAAAGUGCACCAACAUGAGGGCCUGUGGCAAGCACCCCUGCAACAAGAAGUGCUGCGACUGCGUCAGGACUGGGGUGAAUCCCUGCGAGAAGAUCUGCGAGACUUCCCUGAACUGCAGAAAGCACAAGUGCACAGCUCCGUGCCACUCCGGCCCCUGCUACCCCUGCCCCAGGACCAUCACCUUCCAGUGCAGGUGUGGUAACAGCAAGAUUGAGGUGCCCUGCGGCACGAAGAAGAGGAUCAAACCCCCGCACUGCAAUAAAUUGUGCAAAAUACCACCGAUUUGCCAUCAUUCUAAGCAGGAGUCGCACAAGUGCCAUCAGGGGAGCUGUCCCCCCUGCAAGAAGAUCUGUCACCUGGUCUAUAAGAGGUGUGGACAUGAGUGUGUGGCUGUCUGUCACACGAAGGUGUGGGUCAAGGUCAGGGUGAAUGGGGUCGCGCAGCCCGCUGGACCCUGGGAGAUCUCCAAGGACAGGAUGGAGUUGAAGACACUGCCCUGUCCGCCUUGCGAGGUGUCUGUGAUGGUGACGUGCCUGGGAGGACACGAGACCAGACCCUGGCCGUGUCACAUUGCCAUUCCUGGGUCGUGUGGACGCGAGUGCGGGAGGGGUUUACCCUGUGGCAAUCACAAGUGCGAAGUUUUGUGUCACAGGGUGAGGGGGGAGGGCGGAGGCGAUGGGGAAGACUGCAUGGAGUGCGAGGAGCCUUGCAGACUGGGGCGGCCUGAGGGCUGCAGUCAUCUGUGUCCUGAGAGGUGCCAUCCUGCCCCCUGUCCACCUUGUAAGCAGCCUGUUAAGAUCGCUUGUCACUGCGGGCUGAAUAGCUUGUACAAGAGGUGUGUGGAGGUGACGGGGAAGAAGGGGAGGGACAGGGAGGAGAUGCUGAAGUGCGGGAAUCAGUGCCCACGAAAUUACUCAUGUGGACAUCGAUGCAUCGACAACUGUCACCCCGGCAGCUGUCGUCCCUCAGACGUAUGCAACAAACGAAUGAAAAUUACCUGCAAAUGCCAAAGAAUAAAGAAAACCGUUCUCUGCACCGAAGUCCAGAGAGGAAAUGUCAAGAUUGAAUGUGACCAGCAGUGCAAAGAAUUGAAGCAGCAGAAGGAGCGUGCGCAGGCGGUCGAACUCGCGAAGAAGAAAAAAGAGGAGGAGUUGAAGAAUCAGAGGGAAGUGGAGAAGUUCGAGAGGAAGUUCAAGCCCCGGAGAAAGGGAAAGGAGAGGGCUGAGAGUGUCGAAUCCUCGGGGAAUAACAAUUACAUGUACAUAAUACGAGGGCUCUAUUUCGCUGUGGUCUGCAUCAUUGUCGCCAUCGUCACGUUCUAUAUGACCGAGAGGAUGUAAAUCCUUGUUCCAUCAUUCUCAUCAUUCUUAUCUCGAAUAGCCAUACUCAUUUCCACGUUCAGUCAUUAUCUGUCAGUCUGUGAAAUAUCUGUGAGGAAUCAUUUAUGUGUAUUUGCAAUUCAGUCAAAAAUAAAAAGCAACGAUUUAUAA